AUGCCCGAUGCCGACUCGCUGUCCGGUAAAGAAAAAAAACACCAGCACAGCGUGCAGGACCCUCCCUACGAGGCCAACUCCUCCGAAAUCGAAAUCCUAAGCGAUGGCGAUGCCCGGCGCAUUCUCCCCUACGAAGCGAGUGACUCUCCGUUUCCCGAGGUGCGCGCCGUCGUGCAGCCCGUCGAUAAUGUGACCCUUCCGGUGAACACCGUCCGCAUGUGGACAAUCGGUGUUAUUUUUACCAUUGUAGGAAGCGGUCUCAACCAGUUCUUCAGUCUGCGCCAACCCAGUGUCACCAUCAGCGCGCUGGUCGCCCAACUCCUCGCCUUCCCCGUCGGCUGCGCAUGGGCAAAAUGGCUCCCCGUGGGCUGGUGGAAUCCGGACCGACACUUCAACAUCAAAGAGCAUGCACUGAUCACGAUCAUGGCCAACGUGUCGUUCGGCUCGGCUGCCGCGACGCAGGUCAUCGAGGCAAUGGUCAAGUUCUACAAUUUCCCGUCGCAGGGCGGGUUCGAGAUCCUGCUGUGCAUCACGACGCAGCUGUUCGGGUUUGGAUUGGCGGGGAUGGCGGCGCGGUGGCUCGUUGGGCCCGCGACGAUGAUCUGGCCGCAGGUGUUGUCUAAUGCGGCGCUGCUGCAGACGCUGCAUUCCAAGGCGAACACACUAGCGGAUGGGUGGCGUAUCUCGCGGCUGCGGUUUUUCCUGAUUGUCUUUAUCGUGGGAGGGGUAUGGUACUUUGCGCCGGGGUAUCUCUUCACCGGGCUGAGCACGUUUAGCUUCAUCUGCUGGAUCGUGCCGAACAAUGUGGUUGUCAACCAGCUGUUCGGCCAGCAGACUGGGCUGGGCAUGUCCGUGUUGACAUUCGACUGGGCGCAGGUGGUCUACGCGAACCAGAGCCCGCUCCUGGUACCCUUCUGGGCCGGGUUGAACGUGAUGGGCUCGUUCGCGCUGUUCUUCUGGCUCAUCUGCCCGAUCCUCUACUACACCAACACUUGGUACUCGGCGUAUCUGCCGAUGCUCAACUCAAACACGUUCGACAACACCGGCAACUCGUACAAUACGAGCCGCGUGAUGACCCACUCCGGCACAAUCGACCAAGAAGCCUACCGGAAUUACUCCCCCAUGUUCCUCCCAGCCGGCUACGCAUUGACAUACGGCGUUGCAUUCGCCAACCUAACCGGCAUCUUCGUGCACAUCGCCCUGUACCACGGCAAAGACCUCUGGGAUCAAUGGCGCGGCCGCAACAAGAAAGACAUUCACGCGCGGCUAAUCGCCGCCUACCGCGACGUGCCGUGGUGGUGGUUCGUCGCGAUCACAAUCCUCAUGUUCGUGCUGUCCAUCGUGACCAACGAAGUCUGGCACACGGGUCUCCCCGCCUGGGCCGUGGUGGUCGCCUACGUGCUCCCCAUGCUCUACAUCGUCCCCGUGGGGAUCAUCAAAGCAGUAACCAACAUCAGCAGCAACCAGCUCAACCUCCUGACCGAGUUCAUCGGCGGCUACGCGUUCCUCGGCCGGCCGGUCGCCAACAUGGCAUUUAAAUUCUACGGCUACGUCGCCGUCUCGCAGGGGCUGGAGUUCAUGGCUGACAUGAAACUAGGGCAUUACCUACACAUCGCGCCGCGGACGGUGUUCCUGACGCAAGGCCUGGCAACGCUCAUCGGUGCGGUGGUGCAGUGCGGCGUGACGGUGUUCAUGAUCACCCGCAUCGACGGCGUGUGCACGUCCGACGCCUCGGGUGGGUUCACCUGUCCGCACGGGCGAGUAACAUACUCGUCCUCAUUGAUCUGGGGGGCGCUCGGUCCCGGGCGGAACUUCUCGCCUGGCCAGAUCUACGGGAAUCUGCUAUGGUUUUUCCUCGUUGGGCCGGUGGUUGUUGUCAUCACGUAUUUGCUUGGGCGGAAGUGGAAGAGUCUCAACUACCUCUCUUGGCCCGUGGCGUUCGGGGCGAUGAGUCUUGUUCCGCCGGCGACGGGGAUUAGCUUUUCGAGUUGGUGGCUGAUUAAUGUGAUCUUUAAUGGGUGGUUGAAGAUGCGGAAGCCGGCUUGGUGGUCGAAGUAUAAUUACGUGCUGUCAGCAGCUCUCGACUGUGGCGUUGCUGUCGCGACGGUUAUCAUCUUCUUCUGCAUUACCCUGCCGGCCGGCUCGCUGAGUUGGUGGGGAAACACAGUGUACAGCAACACGGCCGAUGGAAAGGGCACGCCGUGGAAGGGCCUACCUGAACGGGGGUUCUUUGGGCCGGAAGUCUGGCAUUAA